UUAAACAACAGGGCCCAAGUCUUAAUCAAGUAUUCUGUCUCUCUCCACACAGGAGUGAUGAACUAGUUCUGACCGGUGACUCCCGGGGAAACAGCAAAAAUCCCCAAAUAUGUGUUAAUUAAUCUCUUGGCAGUAUUCUUGGGUUUCCCUCCAAAUGACCUCUGCUGUUCCUUCUCUCUUCAGAUAUUCAAUUUUAACUUCCUUCUCCCAAAUCAAAUUAAACAUAAACCCUAGUUUUGCCUUCCAUAUGCCGAUAACUAGAUUUUCAUCAACAAAUUUCACUAUCAAGAAUGAAAUCACAGAAUCUGAACCAAACCCAGAAAUUCGUGUGUUUGGGAGGAGGAAAAGAGAGAAAAAGGUAGUAGAGAUUAAAACAGAAGAGAAACUGAAAAUUGAACCCGAUGAAGAUAACAAAUUUGGUGAUUUGGGUUUACCUGAUAUUGAAGAGUUUGCAUAUCGGAAAGUCGAGGGAUCUGCGUCCAAAAGAAAGUUGCGAGAUGCCAAAACAUCAUUAGAUAAGGCGUUAACUGGAAAGGGGGAAACUCUCAGUAUCAAGCUGAAAGGUGAAGCACCUGCAAAUUGGGAGGAAGUUCUUGAAGGGAUCCGCAAGAUGAGAUCUUCUGAAGAUGCACCAGUAGACACUAUGGGAUGUGAGAAAGCUGGCAGUCUUCUUCCACCAAAGGAAAGACGUUUUGCAGUGUUGGUGUCUUCUCUUCUAUCAAGCCAAACAAAGGAUGCAGUUAAUCAUGGGGCGGUCCAAAGGCUUCUUAAAAAUGGUCUUCUUGCUGCUGAUACCAUAGAUAAUGCUGAGGAAUCUGUAAUCAAGGAUUUGAUUUAUCCAGUUGGGUUUUACACUAGAAAGGCUUCGAACUUGAAGAAAGUUGCAAAAAUCUGUCUCCAGAAGUACGGAGGGGAUAUUCCUAGUUCACUGGAAGAGUUGCUCGCACUUCCAGGAAUUGGUCCUAAGAUGGCUCACCUGGUUAUGAAUGUUGCGUGGGACAAUGUUCAGGGCAUAUGUGUAGACACCCAUGUUCAUCGCAUUUGUAAUCGCCUUGGAUGGGUUUCAAAGCCAAGCACUGGACAGAAAACUUCAACUCCUGAGGGAACAAGAGAGUCUCUUCAGUUGUGGCUUCCAGUGGAGGAGUGGGUUGCCAUAAACCCGUUAUUGGUUGGAUUUGGGCAGACAAUUUGCACUCCUCUAAGACCUCGCUGUGGAAUGUGCGGAGUAAACAGCCUUUGUCCAUCUGCUUUCAAAGAAACACCCAGUCCUGUAUCUAAAGCAAAGAAACCUAAAGCUACCAAAGCAAUUUCUUGAUUGAAUUAUCCGUUCAGAGAUGUUCCAAGGACAAACUGCAUCGGGACGAUUUUUUCUUCCCAACUCUUUUUUUUUCUUUCGAUUGAUAUGUCUCAUUGGUACUGAUGGAAUCAGGCCUUCCCUAUGCCAGGGAUUUUCUUUUGAACUGGACAUUGUGAAUCCCCACUUUUUGUAUAGAAAAAUUUUACAGGCAUGGUACUCUAGGAAACAGACCAGUACUUUUUGAUGGUCUUACAGCAUGCAUUUUUUUAUUUUUA